AUGGAACUACGGCCAGUGACUAGUUUUAUUAAACAGAAAUACCUCAUAAAUGAGAGAGACAUAUAAUAGGAUGCAUUCUCACAUAGUAUUAGCAUUUAUUUCAAGCGAACAAAAAAAAGAAUUUAUGGUUUCACUUUGACAAGUAUCAUUUAAUUUCUGAUUGAAGGUCUAUUUUUUGUGCUUUUACUUAUUCCCUCUAUAGUGUUAUAAUAGGAUUCAUUGGAAGUGGUUGUUUAUCCUUAGAAGGGAGGAUAAUUUACAGUUAAGGAGUAGCUUGAUCCUCCAAUAAGUUUGGAGAUUGUUUCAAGUGAUUCCUAUUUGUUGUCGGAUGUUCAACUAUAUUUAGAUGGUCAGACAAUAGAAUAAUUUACAAUUGAAAAGAAAUUGAAUACUAAUUCAACAUACAAAAUUGCUAGCAAUAAAUCCUUUAAAAUUAGUAUAAAUUUAAUGAUGGUAGCAGUUAGAUUAAUUUCAUAGUUUAGCUUUGUGCCCAGGUCGUAUUUAAUUAUUUAAGCAAUAAUGGUCGUUCUCUCAUUAUUGUAUCUGAUUUAAGAAAUUUUGAGAAAGCCAAAAAUUUGA